UUUGAGAAUACAAUGAUAUCCAAGGUCCAAGUAGUGGGUGCUUCCAUGUCAACAUUUACACGCACCAUUCGUAUGGCUCUGGAAUAUGUCAAGGUCCCUUACGAACAAAUCUCUGCCUUCCCACACAGUGAAGAAAUCAAGCAAUACAAUGCGUUUGGUAAACUACCGGCAUUAUUGAUUCCUGGAAGACCAAAACCCAUGGUAGAAACAUUGGUGAUGCGUACUUUUAUUGAUGCGACUUAUGGCAAUGACAAGACAAGAUUGACACCUUUAGACCUGGAAUCUCAACUCAAUGUCAAUUUUUGGAUAAGUAGUGUGAGUGAUCAUGUCUUCAAGAAUUUAAUCUUUGGUGUAGCCAAACCACGCGAAAUGAUGGAAAAAAGGAACGAAUCGGAAGAGGCUAUUCAAGAACGGUUGAGCAAGUCGAUGCCCCUGGCUUUACGUACCCUUGCUCACCUCAACGAUGAAUACAUGAACUCAGAAGGUCCUUAUCUCUGUGGCGAUCAAAUAACAUGGGCUGAUCUUUAUUUGUAUCCUUGUAUGGCCGAUAUGUUUUCUCUACCUGAAACUCAACAAUUCAAGCAAGUGGCUCCCAAGAUUUGGAUUUGGUAUCAACAUUUUGAACAAUUGGAUUUAGCCAAGAAUACUUAUUCUGGUUCCGUGGCUCAACAACGUGCAUCUUUGUAAUUUCAGUAUUAUUAUUUUUUUUUUUUUUUACUUUAGUAGUAGAUCUAUGUAUUCUUUUUUUUAUUUUAUUUUUUUUUAUUAAUCAUGAAGAAAUAAAUGUGAUGAUGAUAUAUAUAUAUUAUUUUU